GAUUGGGUCGAUAGGUGGCGGAUGUGUUCUCUUUCUCUGAAAUCCUAGCUGAAGAGGAUGUUUUAUAUCUGUGGUAGCAGUUUACCAGAGUUUACUAGUUGAAUGACACAAACGUUUUUAUGUUUUAUUGCUCAUUUGAUCAACAUUUUCUUUACCUUGAUAUAGGAUAUCGUAAUAGUAUCUUCGUUAAUACAUUGCAUUUGGCCUGAGAGGAAAUGCGGGACCGAACCAAGGAACUUGGCAAUACCGCAGAGGCGUCAGACGAGGAUGAAGAGGGUAGGGCCCUUAUGAUCAAACCGGGGAUUUCUACAAUGAAGGAAGAGAAGGACGUUUUUUUCAAGAAGGUCCUAGAGAUUCGAGAGGUAAUGGAGACGCUUAAAAAGGUGGUCUCUGACCUUGAGAACAAACAGAAGACAGUGUUGGGUGUGGCACUGCCAGAGGACGGUAUGAAAAGGGAACUCCAAACCCUUAGGGAAGAGAUCAAAACAAUGGCAAUGCGGAUCCAGAAGAAACUGAACACCAUUGAACCCAAAAAAGGAGAUGAUGAUGGCAAAUACGUCCCCAUAAACCUAAGGAUGCAGAGAGCACAACAUGGCGUCUUGUCUCGGGAGUUUGUGGAGUUGAUGGGCCACUGUAACACCAUCCAGGCUUCCUACAGAGAUCGCAACGUGGAGAGGAUACAGAGGCAGCUCAGAAUCACUGGCACCAAUGUUACAGAUGAGGAGUUGGAUGUUAUGCUUGAAAGUGGACAGACUGAUGUUUUCACACAGAAUAUCCUGAUCGAUGCUAAAGCCACUAAGCAGGCGCUGAAUGAGAUUGAGUCCCGGCAUGAUGAGAUCCUUAAACUGGAAAGGAGCAUUAGGGACCUGCAUGAAAUGUUCCAGUACCUGGCCAUGGAGGUGGAGUCUCAGGGGGAGAUGGUAAACCGCAUUGAAGCCAACAUCAUCAACUCAACUAACUAUGUUGAAAAGGCAGUGGCAGACACUGCGAAAGCUGCCACCUACCAAAACAAAGCACGCAAGAAGAAGAUAUGGAUCGCAUUAUGCUGCGCCAUUCUCCUCCUCAUUUUAGCCAUCUCAUUGGCUGUCAGCUUCUCCUGAGAUCCUGAUUGUCAUCUUCCUCUAAUCCACUUCUCCUGCCCUCGGACCUUGAAAAGAAGAGAAGUCCUGUCUUAUUGAUAUCACUGACCUUUUAACUAUCGAUACCCUCGCACAGACAGGCAGACUACAGUAGGCAACCAACCAUAGCCUCUCAUGCUCACGUUAACUGUCCCUUUCAGCAAAAGGCACUGCUGAAGUUUUUUGGCUCUCUCUGUGGCGCCCUUUUCUUCAAUGGCACCCUAAAUGAAAAUGUGUGGACAACUUGUUACUUACUCAACUUGCUGGACCCCUACGUGUCCGCAAGGAAGAAUGCAGUAUUGGAACCGACACUGACAAGGUACUGAUGAUCAGAUUUGCUCAGGAAAACCCAUAGCUAAAUUGAUUCUUAUUGUAUGUCUUUAUUUUAUAAAGCAAAAGAAAACAUUAAGCGCAUAGGGCUUGUUUUUAAAUAUAUUUUAGAUAUAGAAUAAUAUAAUUGUAUAUCGCCAAUAUUAUUUGGUGAGUAAUUAAGACGUGCAGUUAUCAAACUAGAAAGGUGUCUUAAACGGCUUCCAUGUUACCCUUGUAUAUAGAGAAGAUCUUUUAAAAAUAAUUAUUGGCACUUUAAAUUUCUCUCCCAUUAAGAGAAUGUUGUCUAAGCACUGCAAUGAAUGGCCCAUUACCCCCAUGUUGUUCUAGUCACUUCAGUAUUUAUUUAUAGUUUUAAUAUUGUGGAAGCUGCUAUGUUUAGUCUCGCCACAGCAAUAGGAACCCUUAUAGUUAUGGUGCCUUUUUUCCUAGUUAACGUUUAUCUUGUAUGUGUUUGCGGACAUCUAAGGGCUCUAUCUGAGAUCAUGGUGUAGUGCACUACCUUGUUUAAUUUUUUUAAAGAAGGGAUGGAAUCUGUGCUGUAAUUAUUCAAUGCUCUUCUGCUUAAAGAACUCAUUAACCAUUUUAUAUCAGAUUUUCUUUCAAACCGUAAAGAUAUCAGCCAUGGUACUUUACCCUAGCCUUAAUUCUCUGUGCUGAUCAGCUCCUCCCUAUGAAGUGACUAGAGGUGCUAAAACUUGUACAGUAUUUGCGAAGGAGAAACAGGAUGAAUGAGGAGAGCAGUGGAGUACAUUGUGGCUGUUGAAUUUUGUAUCAAACUUUCAGCAUGGUUUUUAAAAUGUAUAAUGGUUUUAAAAAUAAAAACGUAAAAUGGG